AUGAUCGAUUAUAAGGUAGCAAUGGAAGGUAUCAUUGGUACAUCAACUGUUAUCACAGAUCUCAAACCUGCUUUUUAUUCCUUUCGUAUUUAUGCCUUUAAUGAAUAUUUCAAGGGUAAAAUUGGACCAGUAGUUGACAUUGACUUAAAUCUGGCUUCUUUACAAUCUUUGUCAUCAAUUACUUACACCGGUGAUAUUAAUGCUGAGAUGGAAUAUAUUGAUGAAAAAACAUACGCCGAAAUUUAUUCCACUGCUCGUAUAAUAUACAAGGGAAGAUUUGCUUACAUGAAAGAAAUAAUACGUAAAAGUGACAACAAACACUAUGCAGCAAAAUGUUUCAUACGUGAAUUUACACGUACUGAAAACGAAUGGGAAAAUAUUGAACGUGAAAUAGGUAUUAUGCAAUGCAUUCGACAUCGUAAUAUUGUUGCUUAUCAUGGAGCUGUUAAAAUGAACAAUCAGCUAAUUAUGAUUAUGCAGUGGUUAAAUGGUCCACAUUUAUUAGACUAUGUAAUACGUUUGGGAUAUAUAUCUGAAGUAUUAAUUCAACGAUUCUGUAAAGAUCUUCUGUUAGCAUUGGAAUAUCUUCAUUCCCUUCAAAUUGCUCAUCUUGCUAUUGAGCCGGAGAAUUUAUUAAUGCACAUAAGUAAUGUUGUACGACUUGUGGUAAUCGAUUUUGGUUUAAGUCGACGCUGCAACGAAGAAACAAUUGUUUGGACUUAUGGCACAAUUGAUUUUGCAUCACCGGAACAAAUUUCCCAUCGUGAAAUUACAACAAAAUCAGAUAUGUGGAGUUUUGGAAUUGUGCUAUAUACAUUAACAGCCGGUCGAAUACCAUUCGAUGAUGAAUAUCAUGAAGUGACACGAUUAAAAAUUCUUUCAAACAUUUCAACAGUUGGUGAGACACGAAAUUAUCGGAUUUGUUCGCAAGCAAUUAUUACAUUAUUGGAAUCGGUAAUUAUUGGUGAUGCCAGAACUCGACUGUCAGCAGCAGAAUGUUUGAAAAGCGAGUGGAUGCAGAGUCAAGGAAGUGAAGAACUUUUUCUCGUUGAUUAUUUGGAGGAUUACAAGGAACGACGAAAGGAGCAACUUCAAAAGACUAAAUAGAAUCAAAGAAUUAUUCCUGAUGGAUUAAUUGGACGAUUACAACGAAUGACAUGAAGCAAACACUGAAAUAUUAAUGAUUUUCUUGCUCGAGGAUUGUUGUGAAACAUGGAGAAGUUAUUCCAACCGUAUAAAAUAAAUUUAUGUUUACCCAUUCAUACUUUUCUUUAGAAAAAAAGAAUGAAAAUAAAAAUGUCAAC